AUGGCAAGAAAUGAAGAAAAAGCACAAUCUAUGUUGAAUAGAUUCUUGCGUAUGAAAGACGACGAAGAUAAAGUACAAAAAAAGAGACCAUAUCUAUCAUCACUAUGUGAUAAUCUAAGAGAAGCUGAACAAUGGAGAUUACAAAUAGUUAGAGAAAUAUCAAAAAAGAUUACUGAUAUUCAAAAUGAAACACUUGGAGAAUAUAAAACUAGAGAUUUAAAUGAUGAGAUUAAUAAAUUGGUUAGAGAGAAACAUCAUUGGGAGAGAAGAAUCAUAGAGUUGGGUGGACCAAAUUAUAUAGCAACUGCACCUAGGUUGGUAGAUGCAAAUGGGAGAGAACCUUUGGGUUCAGGUCAUUAUAAAUACUAUGGUGAGGCAAAGAAUUUGCCUGGUGUUAAAGAGUUGUUGGAGAAACCUCAUCUGCCCGACUCUGCAUCUAAAAAGAGUAAAUACGAUCUCAACAAAUGUGUAGAUGCAGAUUAUUAUGGAUAUCGUGAUGAAGAAGAUGGUGUAUUGGUAGAGAUGGAAGCAGAUGUAGAAAAGAAAUUAAUAGAAGAGGCUGUAGAACAAUGGAAACAAGAACAAAAAGAAAAAUAUCAAGAUCGGUCAUCUCUAAAAUUGGCAAACCAACAACUCGAACAAGAACAAUCAAACAAACCAAAAUCUGCAAAGGAAACUUAUUUGGAUAAAUAUAAAUAA